AUGGUGUCUGUUACAACUGAAUACAUUAGCGUAGGCGGCAACAGACAUCCUGCUGCCGCUGCCUGGGAUGUGCAGUCGGGUGUACUUGCCUUCGGCGCGGACAAUAAUGUAGCCUUGUGGGAUCCAGCGGAAAACUCCCAUCGUGGAGUCUAUGCUCUUCUCACUGGCCAUACCGAUAAGGUCAGCGCCAUCAAGUUCUACACCUGUCCCACCUCGGGCCAGAAACUCCUUCUAACCGGCUCUGUCGAUCAUACACUACGGCUCUGGAGAGCAGAUCCCAGCGAUGCUCGUCAAUUCUCGCUGGUGUAUACACUGGAAGGCCAUACAGGUUCGGUGAAUGCCAUAGCUGUGGCCAACGGCACGGAUGUCGUUGCUUCGGGCGCGGCAGAUGGUAGUGUUAAAUUAUGGAGAAUUAUCACUCAGAAUGGGGUCAUGGGCGAAAUAAUCCAGACUAUAUCCAUGAAACCGCGGUUUUUCCCAUUGGCUAUGGCAAUGAUACUGCUCCCAGCAGAUACAAAAGACAGGACCAUUGUGCUGGCAGUUGCUGGAACCACGAAUGUUGUUCAACUCCACGUGGCUGAAAAUAUACAUGCUGGCCUGGACUUCAAGUUUUCUGCUGUUUUGAGUGGCCAUGAAGCUUGGAUACGUUCCCUGUCAUUCACUCAUGACAAGCAAAGCAAGGUUGGGGACCUUCUACUUGCCUCGGCGAGUCAGGACAAAUAUAUUCGACUCUGGAGGUUUCAUCGGGGGGAGAUAGCUCCUUUGCUACCUUCAAAGGAUGAGGAUCCUAUGAUACCGGGACUUGAACCUACUUUGUCUAACAAGGCGCAUCAAUUUCAUGCAGCAGGAUCUACUUAUUCUGUUACAUUUGAAGCACUUCUGUUUGGAAAUGAAGAUUGGAUCUAUACUACGGCGUGGAAUCCUACUGCUGAACGUCAGCAACUUCUCUCUGCUUCUGCAGAUAAUACAUUGACUAUCUGGGAGCAAGACCUAGCUUCUGGCGUUUGGAUCUCCGCAGAAAAAAUGGGUGAAAUUAGUGUGCAGAAGGGCUCUACUACAGCCACGGGAAGUACUGGUGGGUUUUGGAUUGGCCUUUGGUCACCGGAUGGCAAGAAGGUCGUCAGUCUCAGUCGUACCGGUAGUUGGCGGGUAUGGAGCUACGAUGAAGUAGCCGAUGUUUGGGUGCAGUCACUAGGCAUCACAGGUCAUGUCCGAUCCGUUAACAGCGUAAGUUGGGAGCCUACCGGAGGUUAUCUACUGUCAACCAGCGCCGAUCAAACAACUCGGCUUCAUGCGCAGUGGUUACAAGAUGGCCUUAGGUCAUGGCAUGAAUUUUCACGACCCCAAAUUCAUGGAUAUGAUUUGAACUGUGUUGACACCCUGGGGUCGACACGUUUUGUUUCUGGUGCAGAUGAGAAACUUCUGCGAGUUUUCAAUAAACCUCACCCUGUCGCCCAAUUAUUGGAGAGGCUUGCUGGCUUGCAGUAUUCAAGUGGGGAUGAACUUCCAGAUACGGCGCAGAUUCCGGUUUUGGGCCUUUCCAACCAAGCUAUGUGCGAAGAGGCUCCAGCCGAUAUAGAUGGAAAUGGUCCAGAUGGCGUUGAAACGGGCCAACUCUAUGCGAAUCAAGCAAUGCUAUCAGAGUCAGAGCAGCCUCCUCUCGAGGAUCAGCUUGCUCGCUAUACAUUAUGGCCUGAGCAUGAGAAACUUUAUGGCCACGGAUACGAAAUAUCGGCAGUAGCUGUCAGCCAUGACAACACCCUCAUUGCGACUGCCUGCAAAGCAAGCUCAAUAGAUCACGCAGUGAUACGUCUAUAUGACACCUCUGACUGGCAUGAGAUCCGACCCUCUCUCGCUGCACAUACCUUGACAAUAACAAACCUUGCUUUCUCUGGUGAUGACCGGUAUCUCCUAAGCGUUGGACGUGACCGGCAAUGGGCGGUUUUCCACCGAAGCGAGCAAGAUUCUUCCGUGUUCUCACAGCUAGCAUCGAACCUAAGGGGCCAUUCUAGGAUGAUCUUAGAUGCUGCUUGGGGUCCAGAAAAUGACAUACCUUUUUUUGCAACAGCCGGUCGCGACAAGUCUGUGAAACUCUGGCAGAUGGUUGAAGGUUCAUUUGUGUGCAAGUCGACAAUACCGCUGAAAACCUCUGUCAGUGCUAUCGCGUUCUAUCCGCAGAUGCAGAGGGGCUUAUACAUUCUCGCGACCGGCGAGGAUAGUGGCGAGCUAUCCAUAUACCAAAUCGCGGCUGGUAGUCUUGAGAUCAAGCAUCUUGUGAGCGUUGAGAGACUCUUGUCUCCCUCGAAGACAGUUACGCGACUAGCAUGGCGACCUUCUAUCGAAAAAGAUAAGAUAGAGGGAAAUAAGUGUAGCUUUGAGCUUGCUGUUGCGAGCGAAGACUCUUCGACGCGUAUAUAUGCCAUCUCCAACAUGGUUUUAUAA